GACCCAUUGGCAAACAGAGGCUACCCUUUGAAAAGACUUUAACCUUUGUAAUAGCACAACGAAGAUCAGAAUUCAUGUACAGAGGCCCUGGGCACAGAGGACAGAAAACGUUUCCCUGACUUCCUUGUUUGUGCGAAUGGUGGCAGAUACGCUGGGUGACCGGGAUCUGAAACUGACAGAAUGGACAACUCAAGUGGGAUAACAAAUGGAAGUCAGUCUGCUGAACCACCUCUCAGCUCCACGCAGAUGUUUUCUCUCGUCUUCUACUGCGUCAUUUUUGUGGUGGGAGUUAUUGGUAACGGCAUUGUGAUCUAUGUGACAGGGUUUAAAAUGCAGACUACAGUCAACUCAAUCUGGUUCCUAAAUUUGGCCAUAGCUGAUUUCAUUUUUGCGAUGUUCCUCAUCUUCAGCAUCAUCAACAAUUCCCUCAAAGGUGUGUGGGUCUUUGGAGAUUUCUUCUGCAAGUUGAACAAUUUAGUUCAAGUCAGCACGAUGUUUGCGAGCAUCUUCCUACUCACAGCCAUCAGUUUGGACCGUUGCUUGUCCAUAUGGUUGGUGGUGUGGGCUCAUAACAAACGCACAACAACCAAAGCCAGACUUACGUGUUUGUUUGUUUGGCUCCUCUCUUUGGGGUGUGCCAUUCCUUUCGUAAUGGAACGCCAGCUUCAAAUCAGGGGUGGCAAACAGUCCUGCAUUAAGACAUCUGAUCUACUCACUAACCGCAGACACGCUUGGUCACGUUUCGUGAUCGGAUUUCUGAUUCCUUUCAUUGUAAUUUCAUGCUGUUAUGUGGCCAUUGGUGUCCGUGCCUACCGAAGCCACAGGAAAAAGAAGAUUAGGCCUUUCCUCGUCAUCCUAGCUGUUAUAUUGACCUUCUUUAUUUGUUGGCUACCCAUACAAAUCUGUGACAUAAUUGUCUGGCAACAAUUUUAUAUGUAUUACCAUGUUAGCCCAAAGCUUUACAAUAGCAACUUGUACAGCAUGGCAUCCAGUGCGACUCCAGUGGCAGUCAGCUUGGCCUUUCUCAAUAGCAGCCUCAACCCUUUCCUGUACACGUUCAUGUGUGAGGAAGUGAAGGUUAAGUUGAGGCGCUCUAUUUUCCUGGUGCUGGAGCACGCCUUUGCUGAGGAACAUCUCUUCUCAUCUCAGUUCUCCAUCAGUUCACGCCAGUCGGUCUCUUCAACCACCACGCAGAGAAAAGCUACUCUGACCUCCUUAAUGAUGUUUGAAAAAAGGCCUUCAGUGGACACAUAAACAAACAUGUUAUGAAUGUUUUCACACCUGUUGGACGUACUAUUAUUAGUUUUUAUUUCAACUAUUUCUUGAUGGCAGAGUUUAUAACCUUUUUCUUGUGUAUUUUUUUUCACUGUUGUAAAUGUGUUGUAAAUAGGUUUUAUAACAUACCAUAUUGGAUAUUGAGUUUCAAUUUAGCAUAAGUUCUGUGUGUGUUUUUCCACACCUGUUGGAUGUGUACGCUUCAGUAUGUUUGUAUGUGUGGUCAUUGGCAAGUCAGUAAUUUCUUCCCCUUUCACAUGGAAGUAACCAUCCUUAUCUGUGUCUGACGUGUAAGUGGGUCUUGCAAAUAGUUUAAGUUUGUUGUUAUUGCAACUGAAGAAAUGAAU